AAUUUUUUUAGUAUAAAUACGACGUCGAAAAUUUGACAGAGCAUAGAAGUCAUUUCGUGCUCAAGUGAUUGAAAACAAAAAAAAUCAACCAAAAUGAAAUUCGCUAUUGUUAUGUUCGCCCUCAUCGCCGUUGGCUCGGCCGCUCUUCUCCCAGUACCACCAGCACCAGCAGCACAAUCAGCUGAUGCUACCGCUCAAACUCUCCGAAAUGACGCCAAAGUUGAAGCAGACGGAUUCCAAUAUGCAUACGAAACAUCAAACGGAAUCAAAGCCGAAGAACAAGGUCAAUUGAAGACCAUUGGAAAAGAACAAGCUAUCGUCACACAAGGUUCAUUCUCAUGGGUUGCUCCAGAUGGUCAAACAUUCACCUUGAAAUUCGUUGCUGAUGAAAAUGGUUUCCAUCCCGUCGCCGAUCACUUGCCAGUUGCUCCAGCUUCUUCCAAAUAAAUUCUGCAAUUUGAGAAGCAACGCUUUUACAAAAAAAAAACUACAAUAGAAAACCCAAAUAACAUGGGAUCAAUUUGUGGUAAUAUCAUGAUUGAUUUCAUUGCGAUAAAUCCAUCCAAAAAUAAAAAAUAAAAAACAAUAUUGAAUUUAUAAAUAAUAGUUUUUUUCUUGCA